GUGCCAAACGACACGGCAGUAUAUGCACACAGCAUGCACCUUUGAGUAAUGACAAUGUCCCGUCAUUAAAACGGAUGCAGCGCAGGCUCUCGUGCGGAGACGGGAACGGGGUGAGGAGGACUCAGUUCUCGUGCGCGCGCCGGGCUCCCGCAGGACACGGCUCUUAUCCAUGAAUGAAAGUGGACUUCUUGAUUCGCCGCGUGUGCCACCUGCCGGUGCGUCACCACCGGCCCCGGCCAAUCCCGACGCAGCGAUCGUUCGCGCGCCCUUGGAGAUCCCCGCGGCGCUCCUCACAUCGCCGUUCGAUCUACGGCUCGGUGACGGGUCGAAGGCGAGCCUCGUUGCCCGCGAACCGUGAGCGCUUCGGACGUGACGUCCACCGGACCGCCGUGGUCCACUGCCGAUGUGCCAGACGCAGACCCCGUGAAGAGUUUGGACUGGAUUUCCAUUUCCACAUCUGCUCCUGCUGCGUUUGACCCCGCGCGCCAUUGGAUUGGUUAUGAGACGCCAUGAUCCGACCAGAGGAGGAUAAUCAAGCGCCCCCAGCAGACGGCGUGCUAACCAGAGGGCACUCGGCUGAAAGGUGACCUCCUGACGCUUCACCUCCCCAAAACAUUUGAGUAUGCCAGGACAUAACAAUGAGCUCCAACAGCACAGACCCUGGUCUCUUCCUGACUGCAAACACGCCACUCCCGGCAGCCGGCGCCUACCCACAAUCCAAUGCUCUCCACCAAGGAGGAAGCGCAGCCCCCUGGUUGGUUGUGACUAACCUUGAUGAAAAUUACACUUCCACCAGCAAACUCUUGAACUUCACCUCGGAAUCCCAAAAUGGGAAUGCAACUGUGCCCCUAGAUCCCUUGGGUGGUCACCCUUUGUGGCAGGUGGUCAUAAUUGUCCUGCUGACAGGCAUGCUGUCACUGAUCACUGUGAUCGGCAACAUCUUGGUGGUAGUAUCCUUCAAGGUCAAUCGCCAGCUAAAGACUGUUAACAACUACUUCCUGCUCAGCUUGGCUGUCGCUGACCUCAUCAUAGGGGUCAUCUCCAUGAACCUCUACACGGCGUACCUUGUGAUGGGCUACUGGGCAAUGGGCAACUGGGCCUGCGACCUCUGGCUGGCCAUAGACUACGUGGCCAGCAAUGCAUCAGUGAUGAACCUACUGGUCAUCAGCUUUGAUCGCUAUUUUUCAAUCACCAGGCCUUUGACCUACCGGGCCAAGCGGACCACGAAGAGAGCCGGGAUGAUGAUCGGCCUAGCCUGGUUUGUCUCUCUAGUCCUGUGGGCCCCUGCCAUCCUAUUUUGGCAAUACUUUGAAGGUGAAAGGACAGUGCCCACCACCGAGUGCCACAUUCAGUUCCUCAAAGUGCCCACUAUAACUAUCUGCACGGCCAUUGCGGCUUUCUACCUCCCUGUGACUAUAAUGAGUGUCCUCUACUGGCGCAUUUACCAGGAGACUCAGAACCGAUCGAAAGAGUUGGCCGGGCUGCAGGGUUCCGGGAGUCGUGGUGGGAUAGGAGGAAGGGGCGGCAAAGGCAGGGGUGAGAAGUCCCGUUUUGUCCAUCAGACGGGAAGUUCCAGAAGUUGCAGCAGCUACGAGCUAACGCGGUUGUCCCGGAGAAGGAGCACAUGUCAGGAGCUGGUCGGCCGCUUCCACUGCUGGCCUGGGGUCCGUUCUUGGAGACCUGGCAGCACGAGGCAGGCGGAGGGCGACCCGGACCAGAGCAGCAGCGACAGCUGGAACAACAACGACGCUGCCGUCUCGUUGGACCACUCGGGCUCCUCAGAAGACGAGGACUGUGGGGGCAAAGAGAUGAUUUCCCAGAGUCACGCCAUUUUCUCCAUUGUUCUCAGCCUGCCCGGCAUAAAGGCUGCUGUAAACUCCCAGCUCACCUCGUGCGAGGACCUGGAUGUGGCCACGGAGGAGGAUCCCCUCAGGGGAGCGGAGGACAAUCGAGACAGCCUCUCGACGGGCGCCAACAACAACACCGCCGCCGCCACCGCUGCCCCGGAUGAGGCCGACAGUUCAGAGAACAGCUAUCACCAGCGCUUCUGCUCACGAAAGAUUCAGUCGAUGCCCAGCGUCCAGGCUUCCUCUAACCAAGGCUCCGAGGCCCGGCCAGCCACUGCUUCCACAGCCUCCGACCACGGCGCCACCACCAAAUCCCAGUCUGUCCCGAUGUCCUUCAAAGAUGCAGCUCUUGCGAAGCGUUUCGCCUCCAGAACCCGGACUCAGAUCACCAAGAGGAAGCGCAUGUCCCUGGUGAAGGAGAAGAAGGCGGCUCAAACCCUCAGCGCCAUCCUCUUUGCAUUCAUCAUCACGUGGACGCCGUACAACAUCAUGGUGCUGAUCAACACCUUCUGCGACGUCCCGGGCAUCCUGUGGGACGUCGGGUACUGGCUGUGCUACGUCAACAGCACGGUCAACCCCAUGUGCUACGCCCUGUGCAACAAGACUUUCCGCACCACCUUUAAGAUGAUUCUGAUGUGCCAGUGGGACCAGAAAAAGAGGAGAAAGCAGCAGUUCCAGCAGAGACAGUCGGUGGUGUUCCACAGGAGGAUUCCCAGGGAUUCCACGUAAAGGAAAGGUUUGAAUGGUUAAUAACACCGAAAUCAAACGAUUUGACACAGGAGAAGGAAAACGUGAACAUGUAGUUGUUUCUAUGGCGUUGUUGUGCUGAGAGGUCCUCAAUGGGUUUCUCCGCUGGUGUGUCAAGCACAGCAACCCGAACGUGUGGUUUUCUCGCAGUGUGUGUUCGUGUCAGUGCAUACAAGCGGUUUGUAUGAGUAAAAGGUGUUUGUGUCGGGUCAGGCUCAGAGAAGAAAACCUGCCAGCUGUCCCAGGAGAACAUUUUACCAUUUCAGUGUGGGAAACAAUAGCAAAAAGGGCUUUUUUAAAUGGAUUGCAGGAGAAUAUGUGAAAUGGAACUGACACAAGGGGAAAAAGAUGUCCUUGUUACAGGGUUGGGGAUGUUUGAUUAUUUCUCUCUGUGUGUAGCUAGAUCUGUAACGUGCAGAGUGGUUUUACAUUUAAAACAAAAACUGUGUAUCUGUGAUGCGUCACUGAGAGCUAAGACAAACCCUAUUUGGUGUCGCGGGCUUCUUCGUUGUACUGAUUUGACCUGUUGUCCUCUUGACGUGUUUUCAUCAGAACGCCUGCACGCGGCCUUUCUACGUGGAUAUAGCUUUCCUGUGUCUGAUGGAAUGAACCGUGUCCUUACUUUCAGUCAACAGAUAUAUUGUUAUUUUCUUCCUAAGAUUUUGAGCCAGUCUGAAAAGGAAUCCUCUGACGAACUGAGUUGUGAAUAUUUUGUGUGGCACUGCAGCGAACUGCUGUUGUGUUCAAUGUGAUUGUCGUGGUUUUUAUGGUGGAGACAGUAAGUACAUUGGUGGUGUUUUAUGUACUUGCGGUUCUCAGUCAUGAGUAAUGAUUAUACAUUGAUAAUAUUCUGUUUGUGUACAUUUGGAUAUUUAUGACUUGGUACACAAUGAUUGAUUGCACACAAAGAUGUUCAUUUAUAAAGAUGUGUGUUUUGAUCCACACUAUCCUUUUAGAUUUCUACUAAAUGAUACAUUGAAAUAACUCUUUGUAAUAGGCCUCCAAACUUUCUCAUAGUAGAGUAAUGGCAGCCUCUAGUGGCUUGAGAAGGACAAAACAUAACAUUUUUUAAUUCAUUGUGCAACAAUUAUUCAUGCUGUAAGCUUGUUUUGUGAAUUGAGAUUUUAAAUCUAAGAGAAAAAUUGCAAUAUUAGUGAGGAAUGGCCACAGUAACUGAAUUAUAAUACUUUCUGUCAUAAAGUGAUUAUUACUUUUGGUUUGAUUUCAUAUUAUUUAUGGGAGAGGUUUUUAUUAAUAAGACUUGCAGCAAUUUAUUUGUAAGAAGAGUUGAAAGAUGAAAAUGGUCACCAAUAGUCUGCCAAUGAAUUUAUCCAAUUUUUUUUGUAAUGCACAAUUUGUUAUUAUUGUUUUGAGUAGUUGUCUUUCUUUUAUUGUUGCCACAUCUAAGUCUUGAAUAUUGUGCAAAAGAUAUAUAGAAGGCAAAGGAAAAGCUCUAUGCCAAGAGGCAUAUUGAAGAAUUGGUCGAUUGGAUUAUGAUCAUGCAAUGAUUUGAUUUAUGUGGUGUGUACUAAAAAGAUGUUAAAAAAUGAUCCCAUGCUUGUCAUCAGUGGGUAUUUAGUUUGCUUUCAACACAAUAUGCUCUAGUGGUACGGUCUUUAUCGAAAUACAAGUUUUUUGUACUAUUGGGAUUGUACACUAGUAAAAUGCUGAACAUAAACAUUUCAAGUAUGCCGAUCAUACCCAUAUUUUGAGUCAAUAAACAAGCAAAAAACU